GGAAGGCGGUUAGAGGUCGAAGUGUCGCCAUUGUAACUGCAAUUCCUUUUUGCCCUGGGGAAUGGUGAUUGCGGGAGUGAAGCUGCUCAGUGCGGUGUGUUUGCAACCAUAACAAUAAUUAAAUAAUAAUAAUAAAACAGUCCAACCCCUAAAAGGAGGAGAGAGAGGAGCCGGUGCGUGUGGACAGGCUGGCCUAAAUAUUCUGCCUCGAAGAAUCAAAGAUUAGAACAAGAAUGGCACAAGACAGUAUUUAUUAUUACAGAUUACCAGCAGUUAGAUUCAUCCCUCUCGUUAAUGUUAUUCUGUUCGUGGAUGGCAUAUCAACAAUUAUACUCUGGAUUUUAGGUGGUCGAUCUCACUACUUAGAAAAUGACGUCCUUAAGUGGUGUUUUUGGCGGUCAACCUUUGACCUCGCAGCAUUUUGUACAAUGAAAACCUGCAUUCUCAUAGUUAUUUACCUGACAAUGGAGUCAAUUGCCCUUAAGCAGAUUGAUGAUCUUAACAAUUCUAACCUCAAAAGGAAAAGAGAGCUAUUGCACCUGAUCAGCUUUUUAAUCUCUGGACUCUGGGUUGCAUAUACCACGGCCAAAGGAAUUACAAUUCUGAUAACACAGAGCUAUAAAGAGAUGCACCUAACUUUCAAGAUUGUUUGUAUUUCUACCCUGGUCUUCAGCCUGAUUGAGUUCCCCUUUUGUGUUUUUUGCAACAGGUUCCUGAGAAGGCUUCAAAUCUUUCGUAUUGUGCACAGCAUUGAUGAAGAGACUGAGAAAAAGAAUAAAGCUGAUCUUAAGCGCCUCUUUUCUUUGGCUAAAGAUGAAAUAUUCCUUUGCGUUGGUGGGAUGCUGGCACUAGUUGUCUCCUGUCUUUCACAGAUAGUGGCUCCAUUUUUCUUUGGCAAGGUCAUUGACACUGUUAUGGAAUCAAUGGAGGAUCUUGACAGAAUGAUUCUUAUUCUCUUUGGCAUAUACGUUGGUGGUGCUGCUUGUUCCUUUAUCCGUGCCUACUUUUUUGUUCUCGCGGGACACCGGCUGGUUGCCAGACUGCGUAAAAGGCUUUUUGCUUGCAUUAUAAAGCAAGAAAUUGCAUUCUUUGAUGAGAACAGAACUGGUGAAUUGACGAAUCGCUUAUCCUCUGAUACUCAGAUCAUUCAGAGCACUUUAACAGUGAAUCUAUCCAUGUUGCUAAGAUACACAUUUCAAAUAAUAGGUUCUAUAGUUCUUAUGUUUGUUGUAAGCCCAGCGUUGACUGGAGUGCUGCUGGCCUCUAUCCCAGUUGUAGCAAUUGGAGGUGUCCUAUAUGGAGAGUUUGUGAAGCGAUUACGAAAAAGAUUUCAGGAUGAAUUGGCAGCUGUUGGUGCAACGGCAGAAGAGACCAUCUCUAACAUUCGUACUGUGAGGACUUUCUGUAGUGAAAAGAAAUCUGAAGAACAGUAUGACAAAGGAAUAGAUAAAAGUUAUCUGAUUGGAAAAAAGUUGGCUUUGGCAGAAGGGUCAUUCAAUGGGCUGGUGCUUACUAUCUCACAGGGUGCAAUUGUGCUUGUGUUGUGGUAUGGUGCAAAGCUGGUCUAUGAUGGAAGGCAUGGAAAAUCUGGAAUCUCUUUUGGAACUCUGGCAUCCUUUAUGGUAUAUUCCAUUAAUGUUGCAAUGGCAUUUGGAAUGUUAGCGUCUCUUUACGGUGACUUCAUGCAAGCUGUUGGAGCGUCUAUCCGUAUCUUUGAGCUCUUGGAUCGUAAGCCAAAAAUUCCCCUUGUGGGCGGGAACCGUUUUGCUUCUCUUGAAGGCAGACUUGAGUUCCAGAAAGUGAGCUUUGCAUACCCAACAAGGCAGGCAUCCCAAGUUUUGAAGGAAGUAACCUUUGCUGUUGAACCAGGUCACAUGGUCGCAUUGGUUGGCCCAUCAGGUGGAGGAAAAUCAACAAUUGUUAAUCUAAUUGAGAGAUUCUAUGAUCCACAUUCUGGAAGAAUAUUACUUGGAGGAUAUGAUCUACAAAGCUUGGAUCCACAAUGGUUCAGGCAGAAGAUUUCAACUGUCAGUCAGGAACCUACAUUGUUUGCAACAUCAAUAAAAAACAAUAUUACGUAUGGAAAAGAGGUUAACAUAGAGGAGGUAGUUGAUGCUGCCAGAAGGGCAAAUGCCCAUGAUUUCAUUGUAUCGUUUGAGAAUGGAUAUGACACAAUUGUAGGAGAGCGUGGAAUCAGACUUUCAGGAGGCCAAAAGCAGAGGAUUGCUAUUGCUCGAGCUCUUGUUAUGGAUCCUGUGCUGCUGCUGCUUGAUGAGGCUACAAGUGCAUUGGAUGCAGAAAGCGAGCACCUCGUACAAGAGGCCAUUGAUCGGGUUAUGCAAGAGAGAACGGUUUUGGUAAUUGCACACAGGCUUUCAACUGUAAGAAAUGCCUCUAAGGUGAUUGUUGUUGACCAUGGAAGGAUAGUGGAGUGUGGUACCCAUAACAGCCUUUUAGAGAAGGGAGGAAUCUACAAGAAAUUAGUGUUCCACCAACUGACCGCAGGCUCAAUAGAGUUUGGAGGUGAUUUCCAGGAAAGUGUCUCUUUGAAUGGUACACAGACAAAAGAUAUCACAAACCCUGAGAGAAUAUUGGAGCCGCACAGCUACUGAUGAGGAGUGGAAUGAAUUGUGUUGGACAUGCAGGGAAGUUGUGAAAAAUGUCUUUUAGUGAAUAAUAAACAAAUGAAAUUCAUGUGACAAGUACUGUUUGUAACUAAACUUCCCUUGACCAUUUGUAAAUUGUUUGAUUGUAAUUUUACAUUGAGUUAUUAAUUUCCAUCUUAAAUCUGAAACAUGGAGGCUUGCCAUGGAGUUUGUUGGCAGCUAGAUGUCUGGACUAAAUCAGUUUCAAACCACAUUUGCAAUAAUGCUCCAUUGAAAAGUAUUUCUGUCUCCCAUACGUAAGCUCUUGUUGUCAGCCACCUCAUACAAUGUGUCUUAGAAUAAAAUGGGAAACCUGAAUUAUUCUUAUGUGGAAAUCCAAUUCACAUUGAAUGACUGAAUGUAAGUUGCUUUCUUGUUUGCUCUAAGUUAGGGGUGUUACAUGUGUGAACUGAUCACUACAUUUGAUAUUAUUAUCCAACACAAUCUUGAUAGAGAUGGGUGUAAAGUAGUGCUGCAAAUCACAAGGUAGUUGUGCAGUUGUAGUGAAGCUCACUGUCUACAUUGAGCUUGCAAACAAUUGCUAUAAAUUGUAAUUGUAUUUUUUUGUUUGAAACAAAACUUGUUUUGAAAAAAAUUAAGAAUUAGGGUAUGGCACCUAAAGAGAUAUUGAAACUAUCUAGUUUUUGGGAUUUGUUUUCUCUUUCUCCGUUAUUGCACCCUACUCUGUACCAAUCUACGGGCUUCAGCCACCAUUUGGCACCAUGGACAUGUGCAUUUAUGAUGAUUGUCAGCAGCCUACUCAAUUAUCACAGAUGAACUGAUGCUGUCUGUAAUUCCAGCACAGAUCACUAUAUAAUGAUUAAAGAGCAGACCCCUCACCACUAGCAAUUGUCCCUAAUCUAAGAUUCAUUGUAGUGCCCUUAUCACAAUGGCAUCAGAGAUCGAUCAAGUCAAUACACAACCAAGAAUCAACUGACCUGAUCUAUACAGUUUAGCUACUCAGUUGAUAGGUUCACUAAGUUACAUCUCAUUUUAUUAUAGUUGAGCUGUGCUUAUGUGAUACUGUUAGUCCUCCUAAUGA